UGGAGAUAUAACAAGCUACAAGAACAGACUAGCACAAGCACAAGGAACAUCACGGAGUUACGGCUAGCAGAGCAUAACACGAGAGAACAACUUAUAGACUAAAUAAAUGAAGUUGAUUGUUUAUUAUCAACAAAUGUUACAUGUUAGGCUUACUUUUAACAUAUUGUUUUACAAUUUAGGGCAUAUUGACUUAAAUCAAAUUUUGCUAAAAAUCGGACGAGGACGACUGGACUGGACGAGGAUAGUAAACUGAACGGCAAAUCUGUUUUAACAUGCACAAGUGAAACAGAAUUUUUGCAAAGAUCAAAUAGGGAUUACGUGAAAGCUUCCUAUAAAAAUCACAGGACAGCAAAAACAUCAUAACGCUUUUAAAAACUACGCUAGCGUGGAUUGAUUACUAUAUGGUCAUCACAAAUACAAAUAGCAAUGAAUGAUUCCGAAGACACCCUGGACAGCGCAGCUAGCACAUUCCUUGCGGACGUGGGUCUCUUCUCUGAAGAGGAUGUUGAUGGAUUGGAAGAUUUGGAUGGCGGGGACAUCUUCUCACUCUUCAGCAAUAGGUCAUUGCAGCAUACGCAGCAGCUGUGUGCGAUGAACAGCAUCAUACGCAGCAUCUACGCGAACAGCGACAGCAGCAGUAGCGACAUAGACUUCGGCAAUUAUUACAACAGUAACAUUACCUGUAAUGACACAAUUGUACAGGGAACGGCAUCAGACUCUAACGACCCUGCUAUAUUAACAAUCGGGAGAAGGUUCUAUGUGUAUUUGACUCCCAUCAUCAUUCUAAUCGGACUUAUUGGAAAUAGCCUAUCCCUAAAAGUGUUCACUUCAAGACGAAUGAGAAAACAAUCCUCGAGCUAUUAUUUAGCGACACUAUCGGGCAGCGAUCUUCUUACCUUACUCCUUUAUGUCCUCCCUAGCUGGCUUAAGGAGGCUUCCCCGUUAAUCACUGGUGAUCAAAGGCUGGGUUUCAUUGACUAUGAUGGUGUCUGCCAUUUAUACGUUUAUUUCGCUUACGUGUUUCGAUUUCUCAGCGUUUGGCUUAUUGUUAUCUUCACCGUUGAGCGAUAUAUCGGCGUCUGCCAUCCCCUCCGCAGAAGGGAAAUGUGCACUACAUCCUGUGCCGGGAAAGGUGUAAUCUCUAUCGCCGCUUGCUCUCUAUUGGUUUUCGCCACAAAGCCUGCUCUGAGCGGUGUCUAUGAAACCGUGGCCGGUGGAGAAGUCCAUCGAUGUACCAGUCGACCAAAUUUCAAGUACGUCUCCUUCAUAUUCGACAGCGUCUUUGCCGUACUGACCACAUUUGUCCCAUUUAUCAUCAUUCUCAGUAUGAACUCUCUCAUAGUUCGGAAACUGUUUUUGCACAAGAAACGACAACGCAGGGAUAAACUGGUUUCACCAGAAAAUAGGAUGAAAAUAGAAUUCACACUUAUUCUGCUCACAAUUUCAACAGGUUUCAUUGCUCUUAGUCUGCCCUAUUUCGUAGCUUGGUGCAAGAAAUUCAACUUAUCCCAAUACAUGAGCAGUCGGACUUACGAAAUGAAUGCGAAUAUGGACGAAUAUAAAUGUAUUCAAGGCCUUGUACUUAUAACACAGACUAUCUUCUUCAUCAACUACUGCAGCAACUUUUUCCUUUAUUCAUUGACGGGUGCAUACUUCCGAAGCGAGUUGAAACACUCCUUAGGUUAUAGUGCUUGGCAGACUCGACGGGCGUCAUCACUCAGUCUGUCAAGAGGAAUGUCAAAAUCAACAAGACAUUCAUGGGUAUAGAACAUAGACAUAUCCACUGGGACAAACUUUUGCAAUCGAAAUGUUGCUUGUAAAAGUAGAACUCGUCCAAUAUAAGCUGUUAUUCAAGAUUAUAUUUGAAGGACAAAUUAGGAACUUGAAAUCAGUACCCAGAAGACAUUCGAGUCCAAUUCUAGAAAGAAUUCCAAUUAUGGUCGAACAGUCUGGAUUGACGUGAAAUUUAUAAAUCAUGUUACGUCGCUUUACAGAUAUAUUUGUUACAGAUGGUGUCAUUUGAACCUCAAUUUGAAGACUUCCAUCAUUGUAAGGGGAAUGAAAUCCUAAAACCUGAUCACGAAUCAACACAUUACAAUCCCAAGUAAUGAGACCAUUAAAAUGAUGAAACACCAUUCAUUUAUAUUUGCAAUUAUAGUUUUUGACACUUCUGUUUGGACCUGAACUCUGGACCGGUGUCUAGUAAUGUGGAGUCAGAUCAGAACCAAUAUUUAAAUGGCACUUUAGAAAUAAUAAGAUCAGAUUGGUCCCCAUUCGAAUUCCUAUCGUGUCAUCAGACACUCAAUUUGUCUUUUUUGCCGAUUGGAUCUGUCACAAACAAGUUUAGAACAUUCUUGCAGAGGUACAGGCCUGAUGAAAUCUAUGAUGUAUAUAUACCCUAAAAGAUUUUAUCAAAUUAUAUUGUAAAUAAAACAAAACUAAGGCACUUGUUAUCAAAAUAGAUAGUUAUUGUCAUUCAAUGCCUUCAAUUAGUCAGUAAAUGAUAUCAAUACAUUCAUUAAACAUCCAUGAUGCUUCUAUGUUUAAUCGAAAAGAUAGAAUGUUGCGUCAUUAGAAGGCUUGGAAAUUUAAAUAAGUCUUAUUCAGACUUUUUCUAAUUUACAGACCUCGUUAUAGCCUUAUUGUCCUCAGAGUCUGGAUUGUAAAUCAUCUAUUUCGUUUCAGCACGAGAUGAUAUCCUGCAUUUGAAAAAGGUAAUUUAGCCAAAACAGGAAAAUCGAUGUUUGUAUCUAUC